AUGAAAUCUCUUUUUUGGACGCUUGGCCUCAUAGCCAUAGCAGCAGUUGCCUUUGCUGAAAAAGAGCCCGAAGUGAGCAAGACAGAACUUAGCGAGACCGGCAAGGCAGUACUGGCAAAAUUACGCGCACUUCGUUUAGAAGAGGAGGGUAUUCUCGAUGCAAUCACUGUCGAGACGGAUCGCGCUAUUAUUCACAGCAUUUUGAAGACCGAAGUUGAAGUUAGCAACAAUAGUGAUGACGAUAGCGAUGAAGUAGAUGCCGCCGCUCCGCGAGUGAAGCGCGCUGUUCGACGACGUGGUGGACGUCGCCGCCGUGCUCAUCGAAGACGUGCCGUUGCUGCCCGAAGAAAGAUUACUGAGUACGAACUUUGGAAGAUAUCCCCUCAAUCUCAUGUGUCUGCAGAGAAUAAUGGCAGAGGCUUCUUAGCUUUGCUUAAAUUACCUAUUGAAUACACGUGA